AUGGCUGCCCCCGCAUACGUCAGGUCGCCCUUCGGCGCCCUGAAGAGAGUCAAGAUAUCACCUUCGACGGCCGUGCCGUGUCAGCGCCUCUACAACACCACGCUCGAGGCCUUCAGGUUAUCCAACAUCGAUGUGGAAGAGACUGCAAAGAAGCGCGGCAUCCCGAUGCCUCCCACCGAAGAAGUCCGCGACAUGACCGACGCGACAAAAGAGGCGCUAAAGGAGCUCCGCCAGCCGCGUAACGUUGAAGCCAUCUUCAAGCGGCCGCUUCGCCGCCCCGCACAAUACGGCAUUCCCGUCUGCGACCUGCAGCUUCGUACCUUCAGCGUGCGCAACAUGGAGUUCUUCGCCGACUUCGCCAUGCGCGCUGCCUACUACCUCGGCCUGCCCGCCAAGGGCCCCAUCCCGUUGCCCCGCAAGAUCGAGCGCUGGACCGUGCCGCGCGCCAACUUCGUCUUCAAGAAGUCGCAGGAGAACUUUGAGCGCAUCACCCUGCGCCGCCUGAUCCAGAUCCAGGAUGGAGACCCAGAGACUGUCAAGCUGUGGCUAGCUUUCCUUCAAAAGCACCAGUACCACGGUGUCGGUAUGAAAGCCAAUAUUUUUGACUUUGAGAAGCUGGAUGUCGGCAAGGCUAUGGAUGAGCAGGCACAGAAGGAGAAGGAACUGGUGAAUGAGGCUUGGAAGGGCUUCGGUCGGAGGAAGGACGCACCCGAGCAGCCUGAGGAACUACUUGAGAUUAUCAACGCGGAGCCAGUGAGGAAGGCGGGUACGGAUAUGCCCAUGGGCAGGACCGCGUGGGACAAAUAA